AAAAAAUUGGUUAUUUUGUGUUAGAAGGAAGGAAGUAGUCUUCGAGAAAUAAAGUUUUGAACUUUGCUCCGAAUGAGUAAAAAUGGAUAGACUUAGAGAUUGCCUUGAGGAAAUGGUGAAGUUCACACUCGAUUACCGUGUGGAUUUCGUUUUAGGGCUUACCGGUGAUUUCUGUUCCGGCCUUCUUUCCGGCGAAUCGGUUAUUUCUGGCGGUGAAGGGAUCGGAUCGUCUUCCCACCGUUUUGAAGAUACUACUGUAGAAGCAUUUUCAGGUGUUCCUGAGUAUCCUUUGUACAAGCGUCUUGCUUCAGGUCUGCUGAAAUCAAUUGAUUGUGGUUCUUUCUGUGGAUCUUUUGAGAAGAUUUCGUUGGGGAAGGAGGUAAUCUGGUUGAAGGAGAGAGCAGAUGAGUGGAGUAAGCUGAUAUCCCGAAAGGGUUCCGAGUUAGUCAAUGUCUUGAAGGAUGUUGCUUGGGAGCUUCACGUUCAAGAGCCCUUAUUCUCCCACAUGAAAGAUGGUAUCAAAACAGUUGAAUCAAGGUGUUUUGAAGCUGAGUAUGAUAGACUCAGACGAAGAGGUUCUAUGGUUAUGGUAAAUAAAUGUCUAAUGUUUGAAGUUCUGGAAGUUCAUCAAUAUCCGUCCUUUUAUGAGCUGUUGAAAGCCGAGAGUUUAGAGAAAGUGUUUCCUGGCACUAAAACUGUGGAAGAAGGUAUGCAAAUGUUUAGGAAGUUGUAUGAUAUGGAUCAAGAGAAUCUCAAUGGUGUUGUGGCAAUCCAUCUUACUAAAUCUGUCGUUCAGCCUUGUGUUGCUUUGGCUCACAUACUGUCUGGAUUAGAUUACACUGGUGUGCAAAGCCUUCUCGGCCUUUCUCACACAACUGGAUCCAUUUUUAAUGCUCUGCCUCCUCAAAGAUCGAUUCUAUUCUCUUCAUUCAUGCUUCCAUAUAAGCCAAAGAUAAAAGGUUGUAGAUUAAGCCAUGGAGCUAGAGCAUUAGCCAAGCACGUUAAUCGUAGUAGCGAUGGCUUUUGGGGUGUUCUUCAGGGAACUGAGUCAGAUAAAAAUAGGCGUGCAAUGGACAUUAUCAGCCACUUCAUUGGCCAUUGUUGUUGGAUGAACAUACAUAUCGUUCCACCACUCGGGGAAGUGUUCGAGAUAAGAGUGGCUCAAGGUUAUGGAGCACGUUGGACUCGAGAUGGAACCAAAUUCAUUGGAUUUCUUGAGCCGUACAUGGAGGGUGGUCACUCCAUGGCCUGGAAGCAUUAAAACCACACCUGAAAACAUCAUAGUGGAGUUUUCUCCUGUAGCUGAAUCGUUUUGUUUCUUUGUAAAAAAGUGUAAAUCGUUUCUUCUCUUGUGACAAUAAAAAUCUAUAUCUUUCGUCUGAGUAAAGGGUUUUGUGUUUGAUUUAUUA